CAAAUCCUUCUCAUCUGCAUCUGCAUCUGCUACUUCCUUCUUAAACCCCAAGUCACACCAUCACAAAAGGCAGAAAAAAACCCUAAUUUUAUUCACCUUCUUCUCCAAUAUUCCAUCCAUUCACCAAAACUCUAAAAACACUGAAAUCCUUUAAUUCUUUGUUAACUAAUAAGCUUCCCUCUUUCUUCAAAACAAGAUUCAUUGAUCCAAAACCCUAACUCGGACAAAUGUCCUUGAAACACAACCGGGUCGUCCAGUCAUCGAGUGCCGGAGAAAUGGGGCAGCUCAACCAGGUCCAGCCCAUCCAGUCUCCGGUAACUCUUGGGGAAAAGAAACGCGCCACUGCUGCUCAAAUUGACGCUGUAAAGCCGGUCAAGAACUCUGAGGUGUCGGUCACAUUGCUGGAAGAGCCUUACCGGAGUAUUCUGACAUUGGGAUCACCUGUUUGUGAGAAGAAAAUUGAUGGGUCUGAGGACAAAAUUGACGACCGAUUUGGGAGGUUUCUUGGAGCUUGUUUUCAUUGCAAGAAGAAACUGGCUUUGGACAAGGAUGUGUUCAUGUAUGGUUACCUACGAGCAUUUUGCACCAUUGAAUGCCGAGACAAACAGAUUGCAGUUGAUGAGAAAGAUAAUAAGCCGUCUCCAGUAUCAACAGCAGCAGCAACUAGAUUGACAGAAGCAACAACAAAGCGAGGGUUUGGAUCUCAAGUCAACCGACAGGCAGUAGCCAGGUUUUAGUAGUAUUGGAUCAAGCAUUCAUAGUUCAUAGCUAGGUUGACCAACCAGAGGUGCACAUCUGUAUGGUUUUUACAACCAGCAUGCGAUUUGGAAUACGAAAGCUUACUACCAUUAGUUUACCAUAGCUAACAUGUCAACAAUUAAUUCUUCUACAGCUUCUCUUGUUUUUAGUAAACAAUCACUGAUCCAGGUACUUCUAGAUAAUAUGCAUUGCUCAAUUCAUUAUUUCCUCUAUUGUUUUUACAGUGCAACGAUCUUUUACCAAAAUUGUGAGAAACCUUCAAAGGUUGUAUCUGUGUCUUUGUGAUGAAAUUUUGAAUAUAUAUCAAGGAAAACAUAUGAACCAGCUUUGAUUUUCUUAAAUGUGUCUGUGCUAUUUUGAGUGGUCUUCUGUUAUCAA